AUGCCUGGCGUGGAGGUGAUGAACAACACUUCGGUGGAUUCGCCUGAGCGACCGUCUCGGAAGUCCCACAAGUCACUCCCGCGGAGGGGUAUCGUCACCCCCAUUGAUGUUGUCCAACCCGUUUCACCAGACAAAAAUGCGACACUUACCGCGCCGGCUCCUCCGUUAACUCCGCCCGGUGCGAUUCAUGAUGAGACCACGGAGGACGAACUUACUCCCCGAAGGACCGACUCACGCCCCGAGGCUCAAACCACGGGAAUGUUGACACCGCGCCGGCCCUCUAAACCACCUACACCUGAUGUCACACCCCCACGAACGAACUCGAUCAAGCGACCGCCACUCAAUCAUGUCCACCAUUCAUCUUCAUCGCGAGCAGAGUCCUUUCAGACCGCCUUCGAAAGUAUCUCGGAUGCUGAUACUGAUACGCCUGUUCGCACGACCUUGAAUUUGCCACAGACGAUGAGCCGACCGAGGUUACCUUCUUCCUGGCAACGAAGUGUGUCUAACGGAAACCCUGCGAAGCUUAGUUACGCCAAAGAUACUCCUCCAUCUGCUUCCCAGCAGCACAGUGAGACAGCAUCUGAAACAGGAUUUGAAUCAUGCAAUGGAGAAUGGGCGACCAAUCAGGGCGAGGCAUCACCAACACCUGCGACUGGAAAGAAACAUCCAAAGACCCGAGAUCAAAUGAACGCUUCUCCAGAUUCGGAAAAGGACACGCUGGACGUGCUACACCUAGAUGCUUCUUUGAUCCGUGAAAAAAGCCUACGGGAUAGGGUUCACAAAACUAACGACUUAACUGAAACUCCCUCUAUGGAGCGCUUUCGAGAUGAAAUUGGAUGGCCAUCCUAUGAUACUUCUUCACAGGCGGGCGAUGCAGAAUCACAUCGCUUAUCAGGCUUAUCUACAACCUCUACCGUCGAAGCGAUGAUUAUCGAUUCUCCAAAGAGGGGCCAGCGGUUGUUGCGACAUUCAGAAAAACGUAGCUCUCUUCGUUCUACUAGCUCCCCUAUCACGAGAUCUGAACGCACCUCGACUACAUCAAACGUGGACUCGCAGCACCGCCUAGUGCACAAGGCCGCUCGUAUCUCAGAACAGGAUCGCCGAAGUAUUUCAUCGGGCAUCUCUUUCUCCGACAAGACUGUCAGCAGCGCGCCUCGUACUUCAGUCGAUAUAAUUCCAGUGGUAGUCGUGCCAGAGAGACGAUCAUCCCUCAAGUCAGGACCCAAUAGUCAAGUUUCCUCGAAACAUGGGUCUCAGCGUUCCAGUCGACGACCACCAGUAUCAUCCCAGGGCUCAAGCUCGGUGAAUGUACCACGCCAAAAGAAACGGACCAUGUCUGAUUCGGCAUCGGCACGAUCUGCAGAUCUAGAUUCGAGAGGCCGGCCAUUUGGUCGACCGGUGAUUCCACCACGCAGCUCCUCGCUUUCUGCGCCGACAAGUCGAAAAACUUCUCGCGCUACAUCCCUUACGUCAGAAAGCUUGCGCAGUCACACCCUGGCCAUGGACUUGGAGGUUCAAAAGCGUCGAGAGCAUCAGCCAGUGUCACCGCCUCGUAACAACAUCUUGGGUAACAAUGGGCCCGGGCAGGGUCCGGCUCGUAUAGAGCCUUCCAAGGUACCACCGCCAAUCUUAAUGAACAACAAUGAUGACAUGUCAACUUUACGACCACCCUCUUUGCCUUUCACACAAUGGUCGAUUCCUUCGUCUUCCCCAGGACCUAUAGAAAUUCGAGAGGCCACUGCUGUUAGCCUUUUCGCACACAAUAACCGGUCCCUGCUUUUGGUUGACCCACGGAUGCCACCAGCACCAGAAACCCACACACUCCAGGCGUUUUAUCAAAUGAGCAGGGGCAUUUCCAAUCCACAGACUCCGGAUAAUCGCAUCCACCCCGCCAUGCUUGCGGUGGAGUCUCCGUUAAAGAAUCCCCGCCCGCCACCGAAGCCUCCUGUUUCCAAACCACUGCCGCCCCUCCCUACUCAUGUACAGCGAGAAAAUAGUAAUGGCCUUGAGGAGAGCGGUGAAUUAAGCCGUCGGCAAGAAUCAGCUCGUCGUACCUGGGCUAGCCGCCCUCGGUCAAAUUCUUUCAAUGCUCUCCUCCGCUCUCUUUCUGUUAAAUCAGCAAAGAAUCGCAAGGCGGGAAUGGAUGUUGACAGUCAACUCCAUCCAAUGUGGCGUCCACGUGGGUUCUGGGAUGACAUUCCUGGAACAUCUCCUAAGAAAGGCAACACCGCUCGGCAGAGCCUUACCAAUCCCGAUGAAGCACAUUUGGUCAACAACUCUCUCGGUCUUCCUCAGUCACGCAUCAUAAUCGAAGGUCCACCAUCCUUGGCUCGCCGAAGCCCUGAAAUGAGACGCCUCUUUAACGGAAUGCCUUCUGUCGCCCAGUACAAUGCCAGCAAUGCUAGCUUGGUGGAUCGAGGCAUUCUUCGUAGCGGAUCGCCCCUGUAUCAGAAUCGGUACCGAGUACUAUCUCGAUUGGGGAUCCGUCUCAGAUCCCUCAACCUGCGCAACAUGCGAAACCGCUUUCAACGCCAGCGUCAGAGACGCGUUGAGAGAAAAAGGGCAGCCCGUCGACAGACUCUUAAGCAGAGCAUUGGAGGUCCUAUUUACGUGGCUUCUAGUGCCACCCAUGAGAUAACGCACUGA